UCGACUGAUACCAUAUAAAAUCUCCGCAGCAGCAAACGUUGCAACCUAUUUUGUGUGUCGGCAAAGAUUACACAGUUUUUUCAAAUACAGCUCGUCACGCGUUAGAUAUUUUCCCUAGAAAAAAAACUCACCACCACUGUAUUUCAUUUUCCCGGGAAAACUGAGUUCAAAAUGAUAAGGAAGAAACCGAGCGCCAGAGAGAAUUCGUCGUCGUCGACAGUGGGAGAAGAAGAGACGGAGUGGGAAAUGAGACCUGGAGGAAUGUUGGUGCAGAAAAGGACUGUGCAAACGGAUGCUCCAGCACGCAAUUUGCGCCUUCGAAUCGCCUACGGUGCUCUCCGUUACGAGAUCUCCGUCAGUUCGCUGGCCACUUUCGGGGAAGUGAAGAAGGUGCUGAGUGGGGAAACGGGGUUACAGGUGGAUGAACAGAGAGUGGUGUACAGAGGCAAAGAGCGACAAAACGGAGAGUAUUUGGACGCGUGCGGAGUGAAAGACAGAUCAAAAGUGGUGUUGAUCCAAGACCCUUCCAGCAUCGAACGACGCUUCAUCCAGAUGCGUAUCAACGCUAAGAUCCAAAACGCACAUCGCGCAAUCAACACUGUUGCACUCCACCUUGAUCAGCUUGCAGACCAGGUAUCUGCCAUUGAAAAGUCUAUUUCCAACGGAGUCAAAGUACCGGAAGUUCAAAUUACAACACUAAUCGAGAUGCUUAUGAGACAAGCAAUCAAAUUAGAAAGCAUUACUGCAGAAGGCGAUGCUUCUGCACAGAAACAUUUGCAGGGAAAGAGAGUGCAAAAAUGUGUAGAAACCCUGGAUGAACUUAAGGUAUCUAAUGCCAGAAUAAAGCCUGUUGUUGUCACAACCAAGUGGGAGACCUUUGAUCAUAUUCCAUCCUCCACCACUUGGGAAAUAUUCGAUUGAGUUUGCUCCAUUUUUUUCUUCUUUUCCCCUUCUUUAUUCCAUUUUCUUCCUCUUUGUCUAUACGUACAAACUUCUUGUUUCGGAACUCUGUCAAUAAGUCUUGCUGUCACACUGUAAUAGCUACCUAAGUUUUUGUUCAAAAUGGCAAUUCAAAUAGAAAUCGGAAAUGUUAAUAUAACCAUAAUUAUUAUUUGAUGGUCAA